AUGGUAUCCAACAGCCUCCCAGCUGCUGAACACAGCGUCAUGAUACUUUCGGAGGAAGUGAGUGCAAUAAUCCAAGGCGAAACUCCGAUCAAGAGACCUGAUCCGGGCAUUUUUGUUCUAGAUUGCAACAUACGAAAUAAGAGUUUUCCUAGAUCCCUUUGUGACCUAGGAUCCAACGUGAAUCUCAUGCCACACUCUGUCGCGAUAUCCCUGGGAUACAACAAGUUUAGGCCAACCAAAAUAACUUUGGUUCUUGUUGAUAGAACAGUUAGAGUACCUGAGGGAGUACUAGAUGACGUGCCGAUAAGAAUUAACGACUGUCAUGUACCAACGGAUUUCGUUGUAUUGAAAUACCAGAAUAAACCAAACGAUCCCCUCUUCUUAGGUAGACCAUUUCUAGCAACCACUGGUUCAAUCACCGACGUCAAGGAAGUCGGAUAUGUUUAA